CCUCAUCCUCCAAGCCCCAGCCUGGAUACCUCAUCAGGGGGGUCUUCACCAGGACCAUCGACAAGAGCUCACCCGAGUCUUCUUCACCUGCCAGCCACGCACAGAAAAAAGCCUCCCAGAAGGGCCAGAGCCGCUCCCCCUCCGGCUACAGGAUGACCACAGAGGACUACAAGAAACUAGCUCCCUACAACGUCCGGCAGAAAUCCGGGGACGAGGAGGAUUCACCUUUUUCUGCCGAUGAGCACAAGAAAAGGGCUGAGGCUGCCAACAGCGUCCUGCGGCGCUCGGCCGGCCGCGAGCGCGCCUACGUCCUGUCUGCUGCCAAAAAGAGCAACGGCAGCCCAACACAGGAAUUCCCAGCCCUGUUUGCCAAGAGGAAUGCUGAGGACAGGCAGGACCUGAAUGGCAAAUCCCCCUUGGAAAAAAUCUCCCAGCGUGGGGAAGGUGACAGGGCUGUGAAGGAAAAGCCCGAGAGGUUCCCAUGGGAUGAAGGAGCCCCCAGAGCCACGAAUGGGAGAUUCCACCUGGGCUCUGUGACUCUGAAAUGCAUGGAAAGCUCCUGUAGAACAUUCCUCAAAUUGUGCCUCUCUUUUUCCAGCUUUCCUGAGCACACAGAAGCCAACAAUGGGUUUUACCCACCAGAGUCACCCUUGCAGUCUGAUGUCCCUUUUCAUGGCACUGAGAGAACCCCUGUGCACAUCGAGGACACAGAAUAUUCCUUUAAAAGGUCUGGCUUGGGAUAUGAGGAGAGGAGCGGCCCCACAAAUCCUGAGGGCCCAUCCCAUCAGCAGCCCUACUGGGAUGAGACCAGGUUUCUGGACUCAGGCAGCCUCACUGAGAGGGGCCCUGGAGCUUCUGGCCAUGAUUCCCCCCCAGAGCCCCCCAGGCUGAAGGAUCCUGCUGAGCCCAGCAGGGCAGGAGUUGAGGCUCUUUGUAAAUCUGGGCUCCCUCCCGGGUGUGUCAGUGAGAACACCUUGGCAUCAGAGGGUGACCUGAGUGUUCCUGUCCCCAGGUCUGAGCUGUGCUCCCAGGACACUGCUGGCAGCAGGGACAGGGACAUGGGGAUGUCAUCCUGUGUGCAGAGUGAGGACAGCACUGCAGAAAGGUGCAGCUCUGUUCCUGGGGGAAGCAGCAUCCCAGCUCCAGACAUUCCACAUGCAAAGGAGCCUGAGCCACGGCAGGACAGGAUCCCUCUGGACCGUGAGGAACAAAGCCCUCCCAGCACUGAGAGCCACCGGGACAGCCCGGGGGGCUGGAGGCACAGCGAGCCCGGCCCGGGGCCAGCCAGGUCAGACUUCAGCAGCUCCCAGGAGAGAAUUCCCAGUGGCCACGAGUCCCAGCACCCCCUGUCCCUGCUCCAGGAGCGCCAGGGCUUUGGGGGCUCUGUGCCCAGCCACAGGAUCCCAGCCUAUGUGGACAGCCAGGUGUUCAGCACCAGGAGGCCCAGCCCUGAUGCCCAGGGCAGUGUUUAUUCUGGGAGCAGCUGGUAUGACAGUGCCAGGGGGCACGGGGACUUCAGCCCUGCUGCAGGACGAGAUGUCACCAUGUCCAUGGCCCAGAGAAGCCACAGGGUGCCAUUCUACAUGGACAGCUUAAACAGCACCAGGCUCCUGUCCAGCUCCAGUGAGAGGCUCUGCAGCUCCCACCCCAGCUCUGGCUACCAGCCUGACCCCAGCACUGCCGGGAGAGGGAUCCUCUUUGUCAAGGAGUACGUGAACACCGGCGGCUUUGCGGCGUCGCCGCGCCACGGCAGUGGCAGCCUUGUGGAUCUGAGUGACCUGGAGAGAAGCAGCUACAGCCAGCACAGUUUCCUGCCCAGUGCUCCCCUGCACAGGUCCAGUGAGCCCCUGUGCACUUACUGCAGCCGGGAGAUCCGAGACUGCCCCAAGAUCAUCAUAGAGCACCUGAACAUCCACUGCCACGAGUACUGCUUCAGGUGUGGAAUUUGCCACAAAGCAAUGGGAGAUCUGCUGGAUAAAAUAUUCAUCCACCGGGACAUUGUCCACUGUGACAAGUGCUACGAGAAGCUCUUCUAGGGCCCCGCGGAGCCGGGAACGCCGCAGCUCUGGCAUUGCACAGUUCCUGCUCCCGCUUUCCUGCAGUUCUGCUCCCUCUCCUGCCCCGUGGAUGAGUUCAGCACCCGCUGCUUGCUGCUGUCACCUGCACGGAACUCGUGUGAUGGGAAGGAGAUAAGGCAGGCUCCCCCUCAGAGCUAACAUUCCCCAGAGGUGCCGAGCCUGGCUAAGCCUGGCUUUACCUGCACCAGGGUUCCCGGUGCUCCUGGAGCUGGGAGCCACGCACAGCUCCCCAUUGAUCCCAGCUCAUUGCCACGAGGCUCUGCUGAUGAGACAUGGAUUUCUUUCCCUUUCUUUCCUAAAUUUGGAUUCUUGGGAGGGUUUGAAUUUAGUCCUUAGCAAAAGCCUAUUUCUGCUUCUUUCACCCCCAAAUUCAGCCUAGAAAUAGCUUCUGCUAUGGUUUCCAUGUGCUUUCCCCAGGAUUCCAGGAGCACUUCCAAACUCUGUUCUAAUUGUGUGCCAGCUUUAAUUCUCCUUCCUGCCUCUUCCCCGAGGAUGCUGCAGCAGCACUUGUGGCUGCAGCCUGUUUGGGGAGAUAACACAAGUCCUUCCCUGGUGUCUAACUCGGGCUCUGAGGGCAGGGGAACCUCAAUUCCCCCUCCUGACAAAGAGCCCUGCUCAGCUGAAAUCCCAACUUCUCCCCUCACCAGGGCUUUGCCCACACCUCUCGUUGCUGUGAACUAAUUAGUGCUCACUAAUAUUGAACUUCCAGCAGAUGCUGCACUCAGUAAAAUCAGAACUGUGUCAUUUGAGCCCUUAACUCAGAGCUGAGAGGUUGGGAAUGCUGAAUACUGAAAGUCAGGUGUCCUAAAAGUAUCCAGACCUCCUGUUUCCUCAUUAGGAAUCAUAGAAUUA